AUGACUACGUUCAUGGAUGUCAUCGGUUCUCAAGAAUGCCCGAAGCCUUUCGGGAAUACCGGGACACAGUUACGCCGAGCCACACAGCAUGAUAUCCCAGGCGAUUUCCGCUCUUUUCAAUCCACACCCUUCCCGAAUGAACCCGAUCUACCUGCAACCGACACCAAGCCCUUAUCCUCAUACCUGAAUGAAAAUCCACCCAGCGCAUCCACAAAAUCCCCAAAAUCGACGGAUAACCACAUAUCUGAAGGCGAAAAUCUACCUAGGAAUGCUGCCAGCAUUAAAGUGAAACCGAAACCCGCCGAAUAUCUCUCCAAAGCUUUGCGCAACACUGGUCAUGCUCUUGGAAACGAUCAAUCGACCGCAUCUGAUUGGCCUCAAUUGGCACAUGGGAGGCAAAAUGCGAGGACGGUUGGUCGACCGAAAAAGCCGUCUCUGCCGGUGCUCCUUGGGGAGUAUAUACGAGAGGUAGACCCAUUGUUAUCACCUACGUCGGAUAACCUCACGGGGAGCAAAUUGGAUACUGCUCUCAAUGAAGUGUUCAGAAAGAAGAGCCAUGAUUAUUUGACCUCGCGUGGCUAUGAUGUUGCCGAUGUCACUGCAUGGGCGUGGAUCAUGAAGAGCCGGAAUUCUCAUGAGGCUAUGGUGCGGUUAUUCUUGUUGGAAUCCGACAAUGCCAAAUCAGUUGCGAAUACCCCGACAAUCCCGGCUUUCAUCCCACUCCAUAUUCUGCGACAACAACAUCUCGAUGCCCACACGUUUCGUCUGCUUCUCAUCUAUUCUUUGCAUCUCAUGAGCGGACAACCGCUUCCGGGCGUGUUCAACCCUGCCAGAGUCCCCGAAGAUGGGUCCGAGCUGAUACCCGAGGAAUUCCAUCCCAGUAUAGAUUCGGGAACCUGCAUGAUCUUGGUGGUUCGCCUAAUUCGUCAUGCUCGACGUGUGUGGCCCCAAGCCCUCCUCACUAUCGCACGUGCAUUUGCCCGCUUUCUGGCAGUUCCAAAGACCGAGGAGACAGAGAGGUCCAUUUUGGCAGCACGACACCAUGAUCGCAGGAAAACCACUCAGUUUAACAACUGUCUCUGGUUACUUUCCCUACCAGCCAAGAUUGCUCCUUACCGCUCGACAUCAAUCCAACAGCAGGCGCAGUUUGAGCUUCUUAGGGCCAUGGCUGCCCACACGCCUGUACUUCCCGUCUCACGGCAAGGAUAUCGUGCAGUUGUUGCAGUUCAGCUAGCUCACAAAAAGACGAAAGAGGAGCGACAAUCGGCCGAAUUGAAAGCCCCGUCUUGGCCUCCAUGGAAAGAAGAAAAGCUCGGAAUUGACUCCCAGCGCGGCAAUGACGGAAUGUACAGUCGCGCGAUGCAAGUACUUUCGCAAAUGAAGGACGCGGGAUAUUCUCAUCGCCUUUGGGAAGAUAUCUCUUCCAUCCUAGCGGGCUGGGAUACAGAUGGCAGCCCAACAGUGCAGACGAGAGCUAUGAUGCGUCGUCCAAAGGCUUUCUCGGACACUCACAGAUACAACUUGGAUCACCAGGAAGUUUGGGUUUCCCGUAUUCGUUCCACGAGAACUGUACGCGAAGCCUGGGCCUGUUUUCUAUCCUACCAGGACCGAGGCCUUCCCCCCAAGGCGGCCAUAUAUGCUGCAAUGGCCGAAAAGUUGAUCUACCGACGAGCUACAAUUCAGAAUGGGAUUGAGCAGAUGAGCCAUACCCUCCCAGGCGAUGGCCGCGAAGUUUAUCCUGAGCCGGAUUCUGCACGCGACAUUAUAUAUGUGCCCGUAGAGCCGCCCACGCUGGAUGAAUUAAUCAGCCAGAUGCUCUCACAUGGGCUCCGGCCUUCCGGGAGGUUCCUUGGUUUGCUGCUUCAGUCGGCUUCUUCCUUGCAAUCAGGUCUGCAUUACCUACAAUGCAGUGGCCUGACAGAGGCUCAAAUCUCCAUCUUAUCGACUAUAAGAGUCAACUCUCGCAAAUAUUCGACAUUGGACCUUGAAGCUUUCCAAGCAGUGCCGGACUAUGUGUUUGCAUCGUUCAUCAAAUUCCUCUGUGCGCAUUCUGAUAUAGUCUCCCUGGAUGUCAAUCGCGGAGAGAUACUCACAGCCGAUCGCUUCCCUGCUCUUGUAGCCACUACACGCAGGACUGGUCCGAAGACGGAUCUUUUUUCGCAUAUCAAGAAAUAUCCAGGCCACGGGCAUUAUCCCAGAGGUCUAUGGCAUGCAAUUCAGCUGACCAAAUUGCGGCGCGUCCCCUACACCCCAGCUUGGACCCAUAUUUUGUCUGCCUUGACUCGUGAACGACUAAGUGAAAAUCACGGACUAAGAAGUCGAAGCCUUCAACGCGUGCUCUCAUGGCACCAGGCUCUGAAGACCUUGAGCUGGAUGCGGCAACGUGACAUCGAGCCUGGCGAGGAAGGAUUCCGUAUCAUCUGUGUGGCGUUCGCACGAGCCAUUGAAGCUGCCAUUAGGCACCCUGGAACUGCCGAGCAUAGCUUUAUGCUGAUUGAUAAAGCUCAAAUCCGUGAUCUCAAAGCCGACAGCGAAGGCGAUAGCGACUUCGAGGCGUUGUUGCGACGUGCGUUACAUGUCUUGAAGGAUCAGUUUGAUCACCUCGUUCUCCCAGCAUCAAAAUCCUCAGCGCAUGCAGAACGCAGUGUCUUUGCAGAUAUUUCUUCCAAUUCGCCCCUCAGUGUUCCUUCCAUACUCCACACACCAUCACCUGCUACACUUCACGCUUUUGUCCGGGCUCUAGGAUCCGUUGGGGAUGACGAUGGACUGUUACAUCUACUGCAUUGGAUGGGUCAAUCAGCCGAUCAGCUCAGAGAAGCUGCAGAAGAGCACUCAAAUGGCGACAGAAUGAUGCGGCGAACCCUUACGGCGAUCAGGGUGUUCCUGGAGAGAAGACACCGACGAAUGGACACGCGGGUACCGUCGGACCUGAUCAUGCAGGAGGCAUACGACUUAAUCAGCCGGACAGGCUGGGACUGGCCGAGUGAUGCAGAGGUUGAGGAUUAUUGCCAACCAUUGUAA